AUGGAGCACUUAUGUUUGAUCCUCCUGCUGAUGGGUAGGACCACUUCAGUCUUGGCACAGUUUAAUGGAUACAACUGUGAUGCCAACUACCACAGUAGGUUUCCCGCGGAGCGCGACAUCAGUGUGUACUGUGGGGUUCAGACCAUGACCUUGAAGAUUAACUUCUGCCCAGUGCUGUUCUCCGGCUACACAGUUGCAGAUCUGGCGCUCAACGGUCGCCAUGGCGAUACCCACUGCCGGGGCUUCAUCAAUAACAACACGUUCCCCACGGUAGUACUGUUCAGCAUCAGCCUCAGCACACUGGAGGCCUGCGGCAACAGCCUGGUGGUCACAACAUCCUAUGGGGCUAAUGCCUAUAGGAACAUGUCACUGGUGCAGAUUGGGAAUAUCUCAGGGUACAUCGACACUCCAGAUCCGCCAUCCAUCAUCAGCUAUCUGCCCGGCCUGCUGUACAAAUUCAGCUGCAGCUACCCCCUGGAAUACCUGGUCAACAACUCACAGCUGGCAUCAUCAUCUGCUGCAAUAUCAGUGAAGGACAGCAAUGGUACCUUUGUGAGCACAUUGAGUAUGAUCCUUUACAAUGACUCAACCUACAACCAACAACUCUCUAUCCCAAUGGCCGGACUGGCUUUGAAAACCCGAGUGUUUGCUGCAGUGAAAGCCACAAACCUGGACAAACGAUGGAAUAUCUUGAUGGACUACUGUUACACCACUCCCUCAGGGAAUCCCAAUGAUGAACUGCGCUAUGACCUUUUCUUUGGCUGCUAUAAAGACUCACAGACCACUGUUUUUGAGAAUGGGAAGAGUCAAAUGGGUCGUUUCGCCUUCGAAGUGUUCCGUUUCGUCAAACACAGACACCAGAAGAUGUCCACUGUGUUUCUGCACUGUGUCACCAAGCUGUGUCGGGUAGAUGACUGUGUCCUGCUCAUGCCGAUCUGUGGGCGUCGGCGUAGGAGGGACAUAGAGGAUAGCCUGGAGUCUCGGCCGUCGUCUGGGGAUGCCAUCAUCACCGCUGGACCCAUCAUCACCAGGAUUGAUGAAACUCCAACAAAUAACUCACAACUUGCUUCAUCGAGUGGCCCCUCCCUAACGUUGAACCCAGUGACCAGUGCUCUGCUGUCGGGUGUGGUCAUUCUGGGCGUGUUCAGUCUGGGAUUCUUUCUGCUCUCGCUCCGCCUCCUCCGCAGACCCCCCCUCCCUACAGCCACACCAUCAGAAGCAUGGAACCCUGGCUUCAAAUAAACCUUUGGUGUGUGUGUGCUCUCUCUCUCCUUCUCUUUAUCAUUAUCACUCUCAUUCUCCCCCUCACUUUUUUCUCUCUCUCUCUUAUCCAUCUAACUAUAACUAAUACCUACAGUAUGUAUUUGCACGGCAGUUAGAAUAGGCAGGUGCAUAUAAGCUCCCAGUAAAGAUAACUGUGAUCUAAAAGAAUGAUUCUAGAGUAAGAGGAGGAUUAGCCACAAGCAAUAGUUUCACUCUGUAACUACCAAGUAAAUAGAUCAAUACAUAAUAGGAGCAGUUAUUGUAGAGCGGGACCUGUAUUUCCUGAAAUGUAUACUUAGGUACUCUAUCUUUCCUGAACGUGUACUUACUCUCCGUUUCUUACUUACUCUUAUCCGGCAGCUGUAACAGUCACUGUCAUGCCAAACUCUCAGUCACAUACUCACAUGUACAUACACAUAGUUAAGCACAUAUUGAUACUGUAAAUAGUUAAUUCCCUCCUUUGUACAAGGGUACAGUAUAUGUUCAAUAACAAUUUAAUGAAUUGUUUUCCUGUUCUUUAUUUUGAUCUAUUGAUAGACCAGUGUAUUGUUUUUUUUACAGGAAGUGUGUAAUAAAACUGACCCAGGUCAGAAUGUAAGGCUCAUUUCCCAUCUAUUCAAUACCUUAGUGUCUUUUUGUCAUCAAUUGGGGCGGCAGGGUAGCUAGUGGUUAGAGAGUUGGACUAGUAACUGAAAUGUUGCAAGUUCAAAUCCCCCAGCUGACAAGGUACAAAUCUGUCGUUCUGCCCCUGAACAGGCAGUUAACCCACUGUUCCUAGGCCUUCAUUGAAAAUAAGAAUUUGUUCUUAACUGACUUGCCUAGUUAAAUAAAGUUUAUUUAAAAAAAUGUUUUUAAUUGCUUGGCACAGGAUCAGUUACAUUAAAGAAAUGAAGGGUCAUACAAAUAACCCUGACACACAGUGAUGACUGCUACUAUCCUCUACAAAGACCAACACCAAAAUGUUACUUGUUGUAGCUAUUUGAUUUCUAUAACAUACUACCUGUCUUAAGUAUAGUACUAACACAUGAGGAGAAUUGAAGAAGUCAUCAAUUUUAUAUAUAUGAUCAGGAUGAAUAUUUAUAUACCAUAUGUACUUAUUGGUAUUAAUUAUGGCUGAAAUAUUGACUUCCACAUAACUUGAAUAUUUGUGACAUCAAUGCUUAAUUAAAAAAAUAAAAUUUCUUGCUCAAGUCAGGAUUUUUUAUUUGAGAUAAAUUUGUUUUUUCCUCUUUUUAGGGAAUUUGCUAUUUGACCUUCACUGAUGUUAAAAGUUUAAAAAAGAAAGCAAACAAUGUACUGUAAUUGCCUAAAUUCGUAUUAUGUGUUUAAAGUUAUAAUCGUGUUGAAAGGAGUUGCAUGU